AGCAUCGAUAUUUCCAUCGAUGUUUCUCCACCUCUAAACUGAACUAUUCAGAAAAUGAAAACAACUGAAAUAAAAUUAAGUAAAUUAAAUCAAAAGAACAGUGCCACGAGAUCCGAAAAAGCAACAAAAUAACGUUCGAGUCAAAGACAAUUCGAUCCGGUCGACAGGGCAAGACACAUGCUGGAAGGAUAAACCCCCGCCAUUUGCAGUCAAAGUCGGUAGCUGCGGUUGCUGCGCCGCCACUCCAGUUCUUAGCCCGCCAAAGGAGCGCCAGGCUGCAGAGCAUAGCGAUUAAAUGGAACAACCGACCAACAGUGGGUUAAGAAUUGUGCGAAAAGCAAAAUAAGGAGCGGAAAAAAACUCGCACACACGUACGCUGCCUAUGUGUGAGUGUGCUUCAGCAGUGCGUGUGUGUGUGCGAGCGGCGUGCUGCAUGGGUGUGUGUGUAUAAUCAUGUGAAAAAUCGAUUGGCAGCGCAGCAGCAGCGCGGCGGCGGCGCCAAUUGUCACUUACUCGAAAGAAGAAGCACGCUUUUUAAAAAACGCACGAAAUUGGCAACCAAAAAGGCAGCCAAAAGAAGGAAAAGAACCCAUAUCAUAAAGAGAAAAUACGAAAAUGAUCGAGGACCGCAAUAACAGUUAGCGAUCGUAUCGGCGCAGAACGUGAGCGAGAGAGUGAGCGGGAGGGAGAUAAUAACGGCGGCGCCAGCACAAGCACACACAUAUUCUUUAUAUAACUUGUGGGCAUAUUCGAAACAAAACAAACACAAAGAGGAAACGCCAAGGAGCAGCAAAAGAGCGGGAGAGUGCGAGGGAGAGAGCAAGAGCGCGGCCCCUAGAUGUUAUCGAAGGUAUCGGAAGGACUGCGCUCAUCCUUUCGAUAACAACACAUAGAAACUACAAGUACAACUACUCCUGAAGCCCCCGAUAGACGACAAUUUCGAUUGUUGUUGCCCCCGGCUUUUGACCAAGAAUGGAACCAGAUCCCAAUGGGAUAAAAAUAGAGCCCUCACUUGAUCAGCAGCAGUACGCCACCCAUGUGCUGGCCAUCAAUGGCUCCAAUGCCCGCCUCCUCAUCGAGCAUCCCUCAGCUUUGUUGGUACCCCUCUCCUCGCAUCACCAGUUGCAGUUGCAACAGCAACAGCAGCAGCAGCAGCAACACGUGCAGCAGCAACACCAGCAGCAGCAGCAUCAACAGCAGCAGCAGCAACAACAGCAGUUCCAGCAGCAGCAGCAGCAGCAUCUUCACCAGCAGCAACAGGAUCAACUGCAGUUCCAGCAGCAGCAUCUUCAGCUUUAUGCCCACACCCCACUGAAGCAGCAACAGUUGCAGCAGCAGCAGUCGCAGCAGCAGCAGCAACAGCCACCCACUCCCCUGGGUCCGACGAGCAGUGCCAGCUCCGCCUCCAUAACAGGUGCCUCCACCACUGGCCACCAGCAGAGGUGGAACGAGAGUCCCGAGGCACGCCAGCGCCGUCUGGCCAGAAAUGCUGAAAGGAUGCGGGAGCGACGGCAGCGCGAGAGCGAGGACGAGUAUCGCAAGCGGCUUCUUCGGAAUGCAGAGGCCAAUCGUCAGAGGCGGCAGAAUGAGUCGGACAUAGAGAGGGCCAUGCGGCUGGUGAGGAAUGCGGCCAGACAGCGGCUCCGCCGGGCCAUGGAGUCGCCGGACCAGAGGGCCAAGCGUCUGGCCAAACUGGCCGAAAGGAUGCGCAUGUAUCGGGCCAGCGAGACGAACGAUCAGCGAAAGCUCCGGCUGGCGGAGAUGGCGGCCAGGGCGCGCCAGAGGAUCGCCAAUGAGUCACCGGAGGAGCGGAAGGAAAGACUGAGAAAGCUGAACGACUAUGCCAAAAAGGUCAGAGAAAAGAAGAAGAUACUGAAGCAUGUUGUGGUGCACGGUGGUUCGUCGUCGGUGGUCGUCUCAACGCCGACAUCCUCCUCGUCGUCAACGGACCAGCAGCACCACCACCAGCAACAGCAGCAGCAGCAACAGCAGCAACAACAGCAGCAGCAGCAACAACAGCAGCAGCAGGUGCUGGCUGUUGCAGCAGCAGCCGCAGCAGCGGCGGCAGCCAAUUGUACUAACGAACACACUAUCAAUCUAAACCAGGCGGCCACCACAGCGACGACGACGGCGACGACAACGGACGAGGCAGGCACCCCCCAGCCCACGGAUCAGGAUCAGCAGCAUCUGGUGACAGCAGCCGCCUAUCAGCAGCACCAGGCCCUGGCUGGAGUGGAGUACAUGGGACAGGGUAUGUUUCUGGCGCCCGGCUCUCUGCGUCCGCCCAUGCAGCUGAAGCAGGAGCCCCAGACUCCGCAGCAGCAGCAGCAGAUCACCCAGCAGCAACUCCAGCAGCAGCAGCAUCAGCGGUACACCAUCACCGGGCAGCAGCAGCAACAGGUCACGGCGGCCCUGCUCGAGGGCACCGAGCCGGGCAGCAUCUUUGUGCAGCAGAUCUACGGCGAUGAUGGUGGCAAGGGCACCACCAAGCUGCUCCAGGCGCAUGUACCCCACUUCAGCAUCGCCGGUGGCCAACUGGAGCUGUACCCGCACAAAUAUGCCGCCAAGAAGCAGGAACUUCAGUCGGACAGCGAUGCUCCGGGAUCAGCGGGCGGCAACGAUAACAGCGGGUCUGUUAGCCUGGGCCACAACGAGACCAAGGUGAUCGUGACGACCGCCAGCGGGGAGCAGAAGCUCCUCAAGGCGACGCCCGGCCAGGCGCAGCAGCUGUACAACCAGUUCCCCUACCUGGCCCACACCUUCCCCAACACCACCAGCAGCAGCAACAGCACCACCAGUACCACCAAUGUCGGCCACGUGGGCGUCGUGACGGCGGGCACGACAACGGGAGCGGGUGGCACCACCACCACCGCCUACUAUCCGAUGUAUCACAACGGCUUCCAGAUUGGCAUCGGACCGAAUCCAGUGCCGCCGCCCUUCACGCCCGUCAACUUUGCCAACGCCAGUGGCGCGAACAGCCCGUCCGGUGGCCAGUACAACAUAUUGGCGGCGAAUCCAACGCUUACGGUCACCGGAUUGGGUGGACACCAGGAGCCGGCGGCGGCGGCAGCGACGACGACGACGCCACAGAUUGUCACCGCCACUGUCGGCAGGGGCAGGCCACGUAAGAAUCCGCUGGCCAGCGAAGAGCAGCUGAAGGUCAACAGCCUACUGGAGCAGGAGCUCAACCAGAUGCUGUCCGUGCCGCAGCUGGCCACCAGUACGCCGCGUCGCGGCAGGCCACUAUCGCAGACAUCCCAGCAGCAUCAUGAGCAGCUUCAGCUGAGUCAGAUUCAUGUACAUUCCACGGCCGAUGGCGACAGUCGAACGCCGGUGUCGACGCCGCGACGCAGCGGUGCGAACAAAUACGAGACGGAGGAGGAGAAGCGACUGCGCCUGGACAAGAUGGCCGCCCACCAGCGGGCGGUGCGUGCCAAUGAGACGCCCGAGCAGCGGGCCACGCGUCUACAGAAGCUGAGCGAGCGGGCGCGACUGAAGCGGGCGCAAAUCCGGGCCACCGAGAAUACGGACGAGCGCAAGGAGCGGCUGUCCAAGCAGGCGGAAUACGCCCGAAUGCGACGCAUGCGCAGCCAUACGCCGCGCAGUAGCAGUGCCACCAGCACCGAGUUCCGGGCCAAGACCGAGGAGGAGGAUGAGGAUGAGGACGAGGACAUCAGCGCCGAGCAGCAGUUGUAUGAAAGCGAAGCCGUUUCGGUCACGGGCACGGGCAGCGAUGGUGGCUUCGUCACGGUGGUCAAGGCUGAUGACGACGAUUCCCCCCUGGACGGAGGCGGCGGCGGCGAUGGUUCCGAUGACCACGAGCAGUUGCCGGCAUUGCAGUUGCAGCAGCACGAGUUGCAACAGAUUGCCGGCAGCCUGCAGCAGCAGCAGCAGCAGUUGGUGCAGCAUCCGCAUCACGAGGCGAUUGUGCUUAACCAGCAGCACCGCCUGGUGACCAUCAGUCAGCACCAGCAGCAGCAGCUCCAUCAGCAGCAGCAGCAGCCACAUCCCGGCUUCAGCAAACUGCAGGUGGUCAAGGAUUAUGGCAAUGCGGCCGGCGGAGGGGGAGGAGCUCCUGGCUCUGGCGGCGGCAAUGGAACCGGAGCACCCGAGAACAAUGACAUGUUGAAGAUACUCGAGCCCAUCAUUGUGAUGAAGACCAAAUGAGGAUCGCGGAGGCGUCACAGUCGCAGCACCAACCGCUAGUGGGGAUGAGUGGAUGAUGUGGUGGUAGCCAGGCCGCCAUAAACGCCAAGAAACCAAGAGAACACCAUCAGGCGUUGGACGCACAAACGAAGGAGAGAUCUGCGAUGAGUAGGGAUUGUCUAUAGUUAUCAAUAAGAGUUUUUUUUAAAUAUGUUUUUUAAUAUGUGUCGCGAGGUACUUGAAAGAUAGAUUUUGUAAAAAGUGAUCGUAAGCGGAGAUCAAGGAUCGAGUGCAAUAAGAAGGAUGCCUGGCAGCCCCUAAAGCCCCCCGAAAAAAAAAAA